AUGGAUGUGGCAGAGGAGACGAGGCUUCGCCACAAGCGAGAUUUCAUCCAGUUCCUCGAGAACAUCUACAUGGAUGAAAUCAAAGCGUUGGUACAGAACAAACGUCAUCGUCUCAUCGUCAAUGUAUCUGACAUUCAAACACACUUCCGCGAAUCUGAAUUUGGUUUUUGUGAAUAUAUGGAUGAAGUUUGUUGCUUUGCUUUGCGUAGGAUACUGAAGAAUCCAAUUGAGUAUAUGCAGUCCUUUUGUAACGCUGCCACUGAAGUUACACGCAAUAUUGACCCUAAAUAUUUGAAAGAAGGAGAGCAAGUACUUGUUGGAUUUGAAGGUCAUUUUGUUUCUCGCCGUGUCACACCUAGAGAGCUUCUCUCUGAUUUUAUUGGAUCUUUGGUCUGUGUUGAAGGCAUUGUCACCAAAUGCUCUCUUGUGAGGCCAAAGGUUGUUAAAAGCGUACAUUUUUGUCCUUCUACCGGUGAAUUUACCAAUCGAGAGUACCGAGACAUAACGUCUCACGCUGGUUUACCCACUGGCUCUGUCUAUCCUACAAGGGAUGAUAAUGGUAACUUAUUGUGCCUGAAAACUCCUGGUCAGCUUCCACGAAGCGUGGAUGUCAUUGCUAAGGAUGACUUGGUUGACUCAUGCAAGCCAGGAGAUAGAGUGGCUGUUGUUGGCAUUUACAAAGCUCUUCCUGGCAAAAGCAAGGGUAGCCUUUAUCUGUGUAGGACUAUCCUCAUAGCCAAUAAUAUCUCUCUGCUCAACAAAGAGGCAAAUGCACCUAUAUACACCCCGCGAGACUUACAAGAGAUCAAAAAGAUUGCAGCAAGAGACGAUGCAUUUGAUCUCCUUUCUCGUUCUUUAGCACCUUCUAUUUAUGGGCACGCUUGGAUAAAGAAAGCAGUAAUACUUCUGAUGCUUGGCGGUAUGGAAAAGAACCUCAAGAAGGGAACCAACUUAAGAGGGGACAUCAACAUGAUGAUGGUUGGUGAUCCAUCUGUCGCCAUAUCUCAGCUUCUGAGAGCAAUAAUGAAUAUUGCACCAUUGGCGAUUUCAAAAACAGGCCGUGGUUCUUCUGGUGUUGGGUUAACUGCUGCUGUUACGUCUGACCAAGAAACAGGGGAACGAAGACUAGAAGCUGGUGCAAUGGUCCUCGCUGAUAAAGGUAUUGUGUGCAUCGACGAGUUAGAUAAGAUGAACGAUCAGGACCGAGUUGCUAUACACGAAGUUAUGGAACAACAGACUGUUACAAUCGCCAAAGCUGGUAUCCAUGCAUCACUAAAUGCUAGGGGCAGUGUGGUUGCAGCAGCAAAUCCCAUAUAUGGAACCUAUGACAGAUCAUUGACGCCAACAAAGAACAUUGGACUUCCAGACUCAUUGCUCUCUCGUUUUGAUCUCCUGUUUAUUGUGUUGGAUCAAAUGGAUGCUGGUAUUGAUAGCAUGAUAUCGGAACACGUCCUGCGCAUGCAUCGUUACCAAAACGAUAGAGGUGAGGCAGGACCAGAUGGGAACUUGCCGUACGGGAGAGAGGACGAUGGUGAAAGUGAAGUGUUUGUUAAGUAUAACAGAAUGUUGCAUGGGAAGAAGAAGAAAAGAGGCCAAACAAAUGAGAAAACUCUGACGAUUAAGUUCCUAAAGAAGUACAUUCACUAUGCCAAGCAUCGAAUUCAGCCAGAGCUCACUGAUGAACACAUGAGGACAAACAGGCUUGACGAUAUUUCUAUUGCAGAUAUAGAGACUAUAGUGAACAACAAUGGAGUUGGAGCUUCUCGUUUCUCUGCAGAUGAGAUUAUGGCUCUACUUGAGGAAACUGCAAGAUGA